UUGGAAGACCUACUGAAGAAGACUUAGGAAGUUGGGGACAUCACUGUGACCCAUCAACUGUACCUGAUACUAUACUGCAGUGUUCUGCUGGCGAAGAGGUGACAACCUAAGACCCUCUGUGCAUCUGCAUCUCAUUAGUUUGGUUCAUAAAUCUAACUCCCUCCAUUCCAAACUACAAGUUUUGGAAUUUGUAUGUAGCAUUACAUAUAUUUCACUAUGUAUUUGGACAUGAUGUAUAUCCAGGUGCAUAGACAAAGUUAUGCACUUAGAAAAGCCAAACCGACUUAUAAUUUGAAACAUAGGGGGUACUUAUUUUAGGAUUGUAAGUCUCACGUGAUGCGCAUCGCCGGCGGGGCGUUGUGCCAUGACAGAGCUCCAGGGCCUAACCUCAUCUCUCCUGCCGCAGGACGGUAAGUGCCUAUUCCCUGUUCAUUCAUCUCUUUCCUUUUCUUUUCUUUUUUCAGACCACUCCAUCCGUCGUCCUCCUUCAUCUAUCCUGCAAUUUUGCAUUUUUUAGACCCGCUUAUUUUGGUCUGGUCUAAUUGUGAAAAUGGGUGUGUAGGGAUUGGAGGGCCAAUUUUGUAGAUAAUCUUGUCAGAACCGCGAGAAGGUCCAUUUGUCUUCUCUUUAUUAUUGUGGUCUUCAGAGGUGGAUUUGCUUUUUGCACAAAUCAGAUAUGGACGACAACGACGACAACCUAGAUGGCUAGGCAUUCAUAAUUGGGGCUUAUAUAUGACACUGAAAUAUUGUGCAUGGUGGACAUAUAGUGCAGCACCAUAUUGGCUAUGGGAUGAUAUCAGAUGCACGACCCUGUCUAGAUGAUACAACCACAGCAUGAGACACGGCUUCAAGAACCUCCUCCAUUAUAAAUACUUGUCAUCUGAUCCAAAUAAGCUGAAUGAUAUGAAACAAGAUGUUUUCGGUAGCUACAGAAACAUCUUUGGUUACUCUAGAAAUACUAGGGAUGAUAUGUUGCCACUUUCAAGUACUUCUGAGGAAUCUCGCUUUAUGAAAAUGUUGGAGAACAAUUCUAGGAAAACAAGAAAUUCUGUCACUACUCUCAAAGAACUUUGCACAGUUGAGGGAUAUAACUUAGUUUUUCAAGCCUGUCCAUCUCCAGCAGAUGGUUUAGUUGGGAAAGAAUCUUAUGCUCAGAUACAAAUUGGUAGGCAAAUUCUAGGCAAAGGAGAUGCAGGAAGUGGCAUAUUUGCUGCUAGGGGCGAGACUGAAUGAGAUGAAUCUGCCAAUACUUUUGCAACUCCCAUUCGGAUGACUCCAAAGAAUUAUCAAGUACUACUUAUGCAGGUUGAUUUCUAUUCUAUUUUGUUCAGGCUUCAUAGCUGGCAACCCUUCUAUGUUGAAUUGUUGAUAUUAGGAGUAUAUUCACCUUUUCUUCAUGUAGUUUAACUUUUUUCAUAACGACAUUUCCAACUUUUGAAUCAUAUAUGCUUUUAGCCAACUCCAUUCCACCUCACUUUUAUUUAUGGAACAAAUAGGCGCCGACGAGCUGAUGUGGUCGUGGGAUCUAACACAGCACGCGGCGGGCGAGUUCUCCUUCGCCAUGGUGCAGGCCAACGACAUGUUGUAGGACCACAACCAGGUGGAGACGGUUGUUGCCACCACCUUCAUCGGUGUCUACGACGGCCUUAGGGGUGUCGAGGCGUGCUGCUUCAUCUCUAAUCACCUAUGUGUACAUACUGUCUGUAUGUGCCUCUCUUGCUACUCGCUAGCUUGAGAGUUGAAUUGUUUGGGUUACUGGUUAUUUUUUAGAGCUGCAUCCUUGCGCUGUUGCGAUUGUCUACACUCUAAAGUAACCACGAGAAAUAGGUUUCUUUGUUAAAUUGUACCACUAUUUUGUGAAUAAGAUAAAACAUCAACUGCUACACGUGGUGGAUUCUUGGUUUCUUGUCGAGCAGCUACCAGCUAAUAAAGUAUUUACUUA